UUUGAUGUGAUUGAUCUGAAAAUGGACAGUGUAAUGAAACUUGCUACAGGCUGCAUCAGGCGCUACUCAGAGGUGAUGACACUGCCGGACUCUUUUAUCCAGCACCAGCAGCUGGAUGCCAGCAUGGCUGACACCUUCCUGGAACAUCUCUGUCUGCUGGACAUCGACCAGGAGCCAAUCACAGCGCGCAACACCAGUAUAAUCUGCACCAUUGGUCCUGCAUCCCGAUCGGUCCCCAAACUCCAGGAGAUGGUCAAAGCAGGACUGAAUAUAGCCCGUCUAAACUUCUCUCAUGGCUCUCAUGGAUACCACGGGGAAACCAUCAAGAACAUUCGAGAGGCAGUGGAGACAGUAACCUCUGACCCCUUGUACUAUCGACCGGUCGCUAUCGCCUUGGACACAAAAGGUCCAGAGAUCCGCACUGGAUUAGUGAAAGGGAAGGUGGAGGAGGAGGUGGAGCUGGCAAAGGGCGACUCAGUCCGUGUGGUGACAGCAGAGAGUGAGAAAGACAACACAAAUGGGAAACUGGUCUGGGUGGAUUACCCCAACUUGCCCAAAGUCCUUAAGGAGGGGGGCACAAUCUACAUUGAUGAUGGACUCAUUGCACUUAAAGUCGUAGAAAUAGGUUCUGACUGGGUGGACACAGUGGUGGAGGCAGGUGGAGUUUUGUGCAGCCGUAAAGGUGUAAACCUCCCUGGAUGUGACCUGAUUGGCCUGCGGGCGGUCAGUGAGCGUGACGAGGCCGACUUGAGGUUCGGGGUGGCCCAGGGCAUCGAUAUGGUGUUUGCCAGCUUCAUCCGCUCUGCCCAGGAUGUCAAAGAUGUGAGGCGAGCUCUGGGGGCACAUGGACGAGAUAUCAAAAUUAUCAGCAAGGUGGAGAGCCGUCAAGGAGUACAGAAUUUUGAGGAAAUCUUGGCUGAGAGCGACGGAGUGAUGGUUGCCAGGGGUGACCUCGGGAUUGAGAUCCCAGCGGAGAAAGUUUUCAUCGCCCAGAAGAUGAUGAUUGGCCGCUGUAACGCUGCUGGAAAGCCUGUCAUCUGUGCCACACAGAUGCUGGAGAGCAUGGUGGCCCACCCACGGCCAACUCGAGCAGAGAGCAGUGACGUGGCCAACGCCGUGCUGGAUGGAGCCGACUGUGUAAUGUUAUCUGGGGAGACUGCCAAGGGACAGUUUCCUGUGGAGGCAGUGGCCAUGAUGCACUCGAUCUGCAGGGAGGCAGAAGCAGCUAUUUACCACCAGCAGCUGUUUGAGGAGCUGCGUCGUCUGACUCCUCUGUCCUCUGACCCCACAGAGGUCACAGCCAUCGGAGCUGUGGAGUCCUCCUUUAAAUGCUGCGCUGGAGCCAUCAUAGUCCUCACGACCACCGGCAGGUCGGCCCAUCUCCUGUCGCGGUACCGCCCUCGCUGUCCCAUCAUUGGAGUCACCAGAAGCCCUCAGGUGGCCCGUCAGGCCCAGCUGCUGAGAGGAGUGUUUCCUGUCCUCUUCCACCCCCUCCCUGCUCCGGUCUGGGCAGACGACGUAGACAACAGGGUUGACUUUGGCAUGGAGAUAGGAAAGGCCAGAGGGUUCUUCAAGACAGGUGACAUGGUGAUCGUGGUGACAGGCUGGAUCCCGGGCUCCGGUCACACUAACAUUAUGAGGGCAGUCAACGUCCCAUAACAACCGGACCAUACCGGACCCCAGCUCUGACUGUUCUGCCACUGUUAGAGCUUCUGUAAGGCAGUUCAUCGGUAAAAUCAUCUUCAGUGCUGAACAUAAAAGGACCAGAGCAACACCUCCAUGUGAACACUGUCACAAAUACAAUAUAAAAAGCAGUACAUGUCUAUCAUUGUUUUAUAAGUAAGGAAAUAUUUCCCACUGCAACUAGUCUCAUGAAUGUUGACUUUCUGUUUUCUGUCUUGAAAUCAGGCUCUU